CCCUCCCCCCCCUCUCUCUCCUCACCCUCUCGCCAAAAGACUGGAUACAGAACAGAAGGAAAAGGAAAUAAAGAACAGAGAAGAAGAAAGAAAGAAAGAAAGAACAGCACCUACCGAGCAAGCCUUCUCCCCGACUUCACAUGGGCUGCGGAAUUGUUCCCACGAGCCCCCUCCGGGCCUGAACAGAUUCAUACACCACCGGAGAACCGCCCCUUGAUUUCCCCCUCCCCCUUUUUUCUGCUCGCGAAUUACUUGCUAGUACUACCACAGAAGAACUGCUCUGUUUUUCCGUGUUUUUCUGGUUGGGAAUUCCUCCGGUUCUUCCUGGUUUUGCUUGCGGGGGGCGAGGGGAGGAGGAGGCAUGGGAAAGGAAGGUCCUUGCUGCCAUUGCGGCGUCACGAGCACUCCACUUUGGCGAAAUGGGCCACCCCAUAAGCCAGUGCUCUGCAAUGCAUGUGGCUCGAGAUGGAGAACAAAGGGUUCAUUGGAGAAUUACACACCAAUGCAUUCUCGUGAUGAUAUCGAUGCUGAUCAACCUAGAGUUAGCAAGCUGAAGCCGCCGACAUUGAGACUAAAGGAACAGCGGCAGCUCAAGAAAAAGCCAAGCCACAGCAUAAGGGAGAAUGGAGCAUUUUCUGAUCAGAACUUCUGGAAGAUGGGGGAUGCCGACCCAAGUCGAUCUAGUUCUGGAUCAGCACUAUCAUAUUCAGAGAGUUGUGCUCCAUAUGGUUCUGCUGAUGCUAGUGAAAUGGGGUCAGCGCAAUCGCAUGCUUGGGAGUCAUUGGUACCAUCAAAAAAGAGAAGCUGUGUCACUCGGACCAAGUCUUCAUCCGUGGAUAUGCUUGUCAAAGAUCUUCAUUGUAUAAUGCAUGAAGAGCAGUUAUGUUACCUUUCUGGAUCCUCGGAGGAAGAUCUAAUUUACCACACUGCAACUCCUGUGGGUUCCUUUGAGAUUGGCUAUGGAAGCAUGCUUCUGAGAAGUUCAAACUCAAAAUCAGCGGAGGAAGAUUCAGAAGCAAACUCUGUUCCUGCAGAUAAUAAAUCAUUCCUUACAAGUGAAUCCUAUUCAGGGACUGCUUCGUUUGUUGUGCAUAGUGAAAGCAAGGGAGCAAGUAAUUCAAAUGCUUCACCUGAGAAGCCAAAGUGGUUUCCGGUGCAGACACAUGAAAUUGUUAAAAGGGGUAAACUUCAUUACUCAAAGCAGCAUACCCUGGAAAAUGUAGGUUCAGCUUUAGUUUCAGUAGCUUUAGAGGGAGAAGGCACUAAGGAAACAGGAGGAAAUGAAAAUACCAGUGCUUUGAAAGACCUUACCAAAUCCACCAUGAAGCCUCUCAAAAGGCCUCAUGAAAGCCAGUUGCAAAGCUGCCAAGAAGGAACCAUGAGGAUUGCCAAAAAAGUUUGCAAAUCUGUGGCUAUGGCUCCUCAGUUCAAAGGUUCAUUUUUGCCCAAAUCUGGAGGAGCACCAUUUAACUUACUCAUGUUACCCCCAGAUAAAAUAUCCAUGCUGGCCCCUCCGCAGUACAUGGAUAAUUCUGAUCAAGACUUGCUGCUGGAGGUUCCUCUCAAUGUGCGGCAACCAGAGGCAGAACUUCUUUGCCAACCAUUUCAACUUAGCUCAGUAACCCGCAGCUCCUCCUCAGCGGACGUGGUUGCUGAUGGCGAGGGGCGCCUCAAGCAACCGUAGACUAGAGACCAACUUAGGAACAGGCGGUAGCAGUAGUUUCCCUUAGUUUCCUGGAUCAUCACGGUACCUUUAUUUACCGAUCACCGGUAGGGCUUUCUGCGGUUUGUUCAUGCUUGUGCCGUCGUUAUCGCCCCAAUUUACAUUGACAAUGUGCGUCUGCCGCGGAGGCAAAAUUGCCCGUUCAGCUAACAUUUGUAGCGGUGCUUUUGGACUAGGCUUGUGUUGGUUUCCAUAGCAUGUGGGCUUUUGGAGAAAGUAUAACUCAUAUCACCGUGGAAAAUAGAAGAACUCUUUCAUGGGGGAAAUGGAAAAUGAAAAUGAUAUCAGGGAUUCAACCA